GGAGCAAAUCAUCUCCUUAUUUGAAAUUACUAUUCUUUCUCUCUCUUUUACUUCUGGUUCCUGCUCAUCCUAUCAUAUUUCCUACAAUAUCCUUCUAAUUUUGUCGGUAGAUUCCAUAAUAAUAGCAGUCUUUUGUUAAGAAAGACACUGAAGAGAGGUUUCUCAAUUAUAAGAUGUCUUUUGAGCAAAAACAUAUCCAUAACUAAAUAAGUUUGUUUUUCAGGUGGGAUGCUAACUAGUUCUCUAUGGGCUUCCAGUUUAGUGAUAUCUACAUGGAUCGUGUUGUCUCUUUGAGGUGCCAUGUAUUAUUCAACUGACAAAUAAUUUGUUACUCAUGGAAAAAGUAGAACACCUUAAGAUUCCACUUCAGAAGAUAAGAGAAGCCACAAGCAACUUUGACGAAAAACAUUUCAUUGCCAAGGGUGGAUUUGGGAGUGUGUAUAAGGGGGAACUCUCAUGGUCUAAUAGUUCCAUCACUGUCGCUGUAAAGAGAUUAGAUCCUAAAUCUGAUCAAGGGGAUCAUGAAUUCUUGAUGGAAAUUACUAUGCUUUCAAGUUACAAACAUAAAAAUCUUGUCUCUCUUGUUGGUUUUUGUGAUGAGGAAAAGGAAAAGGUACUUGUUUAUGUGCAUGAGAGCAAGGGAAGCCUUGACAAUUAUAUACGUAACCCAAAUCUCACCUGGAAACAGCGACUCCAAAUAAGCAUUGGCGCUGCCCACGGUUUAAAUUAUCUUCAUGAUGAUGUAGGACCACAACAUCGAGUCCUACACCGAGACAUAAAGAGUGCAAACAUUCUACUAAACGAUGAAUGGGAAGCGAAAGUAUCUGAUUUUGGAUUAUCUAAAAUAGGUCCUGCAAAUUUACAACACACUUUUCUUGUUACCAAUGCUUGUGGUACAUUUGGCUAUCUUGAUCCAGUAUAUUAUAGGAGUGGAGUUCUAACAAAGGAAUCAGAUGUAUAUUCAUUUGGGGUGGUACUAUUUGAAAUCAUGUGUGGGAGGCUGGCAUCUGAAGAAGGAAAAAUGUUUCUAGGUCCAUUGGCUGAAACUCGGUAUGAAGAGAACAAAUUGGAUGAGAUCAUUGAUCCCAAUUUGAGGAAGCAAAUGAAGGUGAAUGCUCUUAACACAUUCUCAGCUAUUGCAUAUCAAUGCUUGAAAAAUAAUCGAAGUGAACGUCCAACAAUGGCUCGAGUCAUUGAAAAACUUGAGAAUGCAUUUGAAAUUCAGGUUUCCCUCAAAACACCCGAAAUUGCAAGGGUUGGAACAUGGGGAACUAAAUCUAUUGGAGGUCCCCAAAAUCGUUGGGAUUUCUUACUUGAAAAAGAUCAUAAGCUAAAGAUGAUAACUGUUGAUCAUGGUGAUCUUAUAUACUCUCUCACGUUCACUAGUGAAUCAAAGGGUGUUUUGUAUACUUCUAACAAGGCUGGUGGUUGGAACGGUGGAGACAUAGUUUCUAAGGUUAUGCUUGAAGACGACGAAGAAAUAAUUGACAUUAAUGGGACAGUUGGAGUAUCAAAGGGGCAAUAUAGUGGUUACACAAUAAUUUCAUCACUAUCUUUUGUUACAAAUAAGAUGAUCCAUGGACCUUUUGGUCAAGCAACUGAGGCUCCUUUCUCGGUGCGAUGCGAGAAAGGAAWGUUUGGGGGAUUUUAUGGCCUUGCAGGCUACUACAUUGAUUCUGUUGGUGUCUAUACGAGGGCUUCUUCUGAAGAAAUCGCACGAGUUGGAAUUUGGGGAACUAAAUCGCUUGGAGGUCCCCAAAAUCAGUGGUCUUUCCAACUUGACAKAAAUCAUCAUUUGAAGAAGAUAACCAUUGAUCAUGGGGAUUUGAUAUAUUCUCUCAUGUUCACUACAGAAUAUAGAGGCUUAGAGCAAACUACUGWUAAGGCUGGUGGUUGGAAUGGUGGAGAUAUAGUCUCUGAGGUUACAUUUGCUUGGGACGAGGAAAUUAAUGCUAUAAGUGGAACGAUUGGUGUAUCUGGGGGAACUUAUGCUGGUUAUAUGAUAAUAUCGUCACUAUCAUUUGUUACAAACAAAAAGACUCAUGGACCAUAUGGUCGUGCAACAGGAACUCCUUUCACGGUACCAUGGGACAAAGGGUCAUUUGCAGGAUUUUAUGGCCUUGCUGGAUAUUAUAUUGAUGGCAUCGGUAUAUAUUUGAAGGCCACUUUGUAACCAAUUAACCACGUAAUGGUAAAUGUAAGGAAUAAAGAACAUAAUGUCGAUUGUGAAGUUUUCAAGAUUCUAUCUCAUUAUUUGUCAAAAAGAAAAAGAUUCUCCCUCUUUACCUUUGUUGUGCUAUACAACCAACCAUCAAUAUUUCAA